CAGAGGACACCAGCCAAGCCGGGAAGUGAGUGAGCUGGGUGGUACCGCGCAGAGCUGCCCGCAGCCUCCCGGGCACGGGCUGCCUGUGCUGCCUGCACUGCCUGCACCUCUGCCUGCGCUGCCUGCCCCGCGCUGGCUGGGAGCAGAGCCUCUCUGGCAGGGCUGCGAGCGAUCACGGCGUGCAGGGACCCGGCCGCGUCAGGGCAGCACAUGAAGGUGUUUUAGGGGCUCGGCGGUGCUGGGACCCCAGCCCGCAGCACCACGAACCCGCCCUGCACGGCUGUGGGAUGAGUUUCUCUCGCCCCGGUGCCGCAGGCUGCAGGUGAGGGGCCGGGGGCUCGCCGCCCAGCACCCACCCGCCCAGCACCCACCCACCCAGCACCGCACAGCCUUAUCUCGGCCGGGCAGGUGAGUUAAUGUGUAACCCGGCUCUGUUUGGUUAGCCCAGAAAAGCAAAGAAGUCCUGGGAUAGGCACGGCUGGGACAAGGAGCCGGGCAGCGUGGAGCGACGGACGUCCUGCCGGGAUAUUGCCCCCCACGCCGGACACCGCGGCAGCCUGUGCUAUGCCUAGGAAGGAGCUGGGGAUGGCUGGCUGCAACUCUGACAGCUGCGACAGCAUGGUCAGCACGGCCUCCAACCACUCGCAGCGUAGCGAUAACAGUUACGACUACUUAUCUGUGGAAGAGAAAGAGUGUCUGAUGUUCUUAGAAGAAACUAUUGGCUCGCUGGAUGCAGAAGCAGACAGCGGGGUCUCUACUGAUGAGACCGACCACGUGGAGCCCUCCAAGCUGCCCAGGACGUGGCCCAAGCGAGACUCCGUUCCCCGGGGUGAGCUGCAGACCGCGCUCCAGCCUUGUUUGCAAAGGGACUUUCACGCAGGAUUUGGAAAAUGGGGCUCCCCGUCUGAGCGUGGGUCAGCAGCGUGCAGCUGACCAGAAGAGUGGUAAGAGCAUCUCCACCUUCUCAAGCUCAGCUCCAGCAGCGGUUCCAAGCCCAGGCUAUUACAGUCUUCCAAGGAACAUGACUGUAGCAAACGCACAGAGAGCAAACGGAGCUUUGGACAGCAAAGUGACUGUCCGCACAGUGGAGGAACCAGUGCCAGUAGGUAAAUCUUCACAGGAGAUGGCCAAGAAGGAUGGGCUUGACCAAGCCAAUACAAGAAGCCAGGUGAAGUCCCUGGAAUCUUUGAUUAUCCAGCCUCCAGAUCCCUUCCAGGAUGACCUGGUGAGCCACGAGUGGUCACGGAGCAAUUGCUCAGCCAAGGAGACCAAGGCUUGGACUUCAUGGGGCCAGCCAGAGAAAUCCGCGUUGGAAGAGGUCCCUCAGGACCCAGAUGCCAAGCGCGGGCCUCCAACUGCCCCCAAGCCACGUAAACUGCCACCAAAUAUUAUCCUGAAAACCAGCAAAAACAGCCCAGUGCCACUCGCCACAGAGCCUGGCCAGAAGGUAAAAGCACCACCGCCGUCCUCGGCCAGCUUUGCCAGCAACGCUGCUGCUGAAAAGGGGAAUUCGGGGCAUCUCGACCCCAAGGAGAGGGAGAAAGCCCGACGGGAGGCGUUGGAGAAGCUUGGACUGUCACAGGACAGGAGGGAGGUCAGCACCCACCUUCAACCUACCACACAACCCCAACCAAGGGAGAUGCCAUUCCAUGUCACCGGAGAGCCCGAGGCACACCAUGGGGCGGCGGAGAGGUUGGUGCCAGGUAUCCGGCAGAUGAACUUCAAAUCCAACACCCUGGAGCGCUCCGGUGUGGGGCUGAGCAGCUACAUGAGCAGCGUCAAGGAGCAGAGCGUCAAGACCAGCAGCUCCCUGGGCAAGAUGUCCUUCAUCGAGCGGCUCGCCCCGAGCUUCCUGAGGAGCAGCCGCCCCCGGCCGACGUCCCUCGUGGCAGGGAAGGACUUUGCUGGGCUGAAGGAGUCCGGGCAGAUGGAGCCGGAGAAGAGCAACAAGCGGCGAUCCCACCUGCUGCAGAGCUUCCCCAAGCCUCCCCGCUCCAGCAUCAGCGUGAAGAUUUCCCCCAAGGGGGCAACCGAUGAGAACCGGCGAGAGGCACUGAAGAAGCUGGGUCUGCUGAAGGAAUAGCCCACCGAGCCACGGGGCUGCUGGAAAAGGGGCUUUUCACCCUGGAUCCAGGUGCCUUCGCUGCUUGUCCUCAGGCAGCACAACCAUAAGCAUCUUCUGCUGUGAUCUCCUGCCCCAGCAUCUUGGGAGCGGCACCACGAGAGGUAUUCAGAGCUUCACACCAAAUAAAGUAACGCCCCAUGUACAUAACAUUUUGUAUAUAGCAAGUGCAUAUGAGCUAUUUAUAGAAAGCAUCACUCAGCACGCGGAUGGGGCAUAUUCUCCUACAAGGUCUUUAAUGCAUUUGGGGCUUCGUCGCAGCAGGGAAGCCAUGGAAUUGGGGGUUGGCUUAUUUUAAAAGGGGUCGCCUGUGGCUAAAGCCUCUCUGGGAAGAACCGCUGGACUCCGCUGCUCCUUUAGGAUUUUGUGGGGUUUUAACUUUCUCAAAGCCUCCGAGGCCGGAGCACUCCCCUGCCCCGUGCAAGUGCCUCCCAAAAGCCACCACUGCCACCUACAGAACUGUGGGACCGAGGGGCAAGGGAGGGGGUUCAGCAAUGCUCCCCCGCACACGAGUGCUCCUCGUACAGCGCCCGCGGGCGAGGGGCUGCAGAGGCAUCCCGCGCCUCCUCUGACCACCUCUCACCUCCAGCCCCGACAGCCCGGGUUAGAAGACGCGUGAACAGCCGCGUUCAGCAUGAAGUGACAGUUAAGGACGGACAGACUGUGUUUCAGUGGCAAAACGAGAAACACGGCCCAAAACGAGAGAGAUGCAAGUCUGAGGCAGCGCCUUUUCAUUCCCUUUCAAACUCUCCUCGCAUCUUUCAGACCCAGCCGAUGCUGUCAACGUUUAUGCUGAACGCCUUUUAUAA